CUCGACUUUGCGCCGCCAAAUCCCCCCGCAAUGGUCAAGUCAUAUCUCAAAUUCGAGCACAGCAAGACCUUUGGCCAGAUCUGUACAGCCUCCGCGAACGUCGUCUGGGACCCAACAUCCGAGCAUGAGGACGCUGCGAGCAGAGGUGGCGCCGGUCGUGCCUAUGCUGGCGCCAACGAGGCAGUCCUAGUAUGGGAUCUAAAAAAGUCGGAAAAAGUUGGGGAGUGGAACGUCGAGGACAAUAAUGCCGCCGUUACCGUCAUCUGCCGAAGUCAGGUUGACCCUGAUGUGUUCGCUGUGGGCUACGAUGAUGGCAAAAUUCGAAUUUGGGACUCGAGAACAGCAACGGUGAUAAUCACUUUUAAUGGACACAGGAGAGCGAUCACACAACUCAUAUUUGAUCAUUCUGGAGUUCGUCUGGCCAGCGGGUCAAAGGAUACUGAUAUCAUCCUCUGGGACUUGGUCGCCGAGGUGGGAUUGUAUCGUCUCCGUGGUCACAAGGACCAAAUUACUUCGCUCAAUUUCCUCACCGCUGGCGACGCUCGGGACGCGCUCGACGGUGACUCUGCAUCCCAUGAUUCCCUUCUAUCUACCAGCAAAGAUGCUCUGAUUAAACUGUGGGACUUGUCCACCCAGCACUGUAUCGAGACGCAUGUGACACAAACGAACGGAGAAUGUUGGGCUCUCGGACUCACGAGGGAUGGCAGCGGGUGCAUCACCGCCGGCAACGACGGCGAGUUGAAAGUGUGGUCCAUUAACGAAGCCGUCUUGAAGGAGAGCGUUGGCAUGAACAUCCAAGGUGGACAAAAUAUCCUGCAGGAGCAGGGAACACUGUACCGGCACGGCCGCGAUCGGCCAUUAGGGAUCACAUUCCACCCAAAACGCGACUUGGUUGCCGUGCACGGCUCCGACAAAGCCGUCGAGAUACUGCGGAUUCGUUCAGAAACGGAACUAAGAAAAAGCCUCGCACGGAAGAGGAAAAGGAGGAAAGAGAAGGAGGGAGCAACGGAUGCCGACUCAGGCGUUGAUGUCGCCGACAACGUUGAAGACCCGACAGACAUCUCCAACGCAACAGCUGCGGACAUAUUUGUGCCUUACGUUCUUGUACGUACGGGGGGCAAAGUCAGAUCCAUGGACUGGGCUGGGGGGAAGUCCGGCAAGUCAAUCCGGGUCCUGGUGGCCACUUCAAACAAUCAACUUGAGCUGUUCGAAGUGGCGGCUUCAGACAAGAAGAAAUCCACUGAAGCCCCAGAGUAUCAGCGUGCGCUCACCGUGGACAUGCCGGGCCAUCGUACAGACAUUCGCUGCGUCGCAGUCAGCUCGGAUGACAGAAUGCUGGCCACCGCCUCCCAGGGCAGCUUGAAGAUAUGGAACACACGAACACAGACUUGUUUGCGAACCCUAGAUUGUGGUCACGCUCUUUGCGUGGCAUUUCUGCCGGGUGACAAGAUCGUUGUUGUGGGGACUCGAGAGGGGACGCUUGAAGUAUUUGAUAUCGCCGCAUCUACGCUGCUGGAUACUAUCAAUGCGCACGACCGAGACAUCUGGUCUCUUCAAGUCAGCCCGGAUGGCAAAUCUCUCCUCACAGGGUCUGCAGACAAAAGUGCCAAAUUCUGGCAGUUCAAAGUCAUUCAGGAAGAAGUGCUGGGCACCACGCGGAAAAGCGCAAAACUCACCCUCGUCCAUACCCGGACGCUUAAAGUCAGCGACGACAUUCUGACCAUCUGUUUCUCCCCUGAUGAAAGACUUCUCGCCGUCAGCACACUCGACAACACUGUCAAGGUCUUCUUCACCGACACGCUCAAACUGUUCCUUACUCUCUACGGCCACAAACUCCCCGUUCUAGCGAUGGACAUCAGUUACGAUAGCAAACUUAUCGUCACGUCAAGCGCUGACAAGAAUGUCCGCGUUUGGGGCCUCGACUUUGGCGACUGUCACAAGGCAUUUUUUGCCCACCAAGAUAGUAUCCUCGCCGUGAAAUUUAUCCCCAAUAACGAUGAAGGCAACGGCCAUCACUUCUUCUCGGCCAGCAAGGAUAAGGUGAUUAAAUAUUAUGAUGCAGAUAAGUUUGAGCAGAUCCAAAAGCUGGAGGGUCACCAGGGGGAGAUUUGGGCCAUGGCAGUUGCGCAUUCCGGGGAGUUUGUUGUGACGGCGAGUCACGAUAAGAGCAUCCGCAUAUGGCAACAGACAGAUGAGCAGAUUUUCUUGGAGGAAGAAAGAGAAAAGGAACUCGAGGACAUGUACGAGAACACACUCCUGACAUCCCUGGACAAUGAUGCGAACGAGGUCGACGGUGAGGGGAACACGGACAGUGUCGAAGCAGGCCCUGCCGGCAAGCAGACCGCUCAAACGUUGAUGGCUGGCGAGAAAAUCGCGGAAGCUCUGGAAAUCGGCGUGGAAGAUCUCGAAACAAUGCGAAUCUACGACAAAGCAAGAAGAACAAAUCCCAAAACUGCACCUCCGCAGCGGAAUCCGAUCUUCCUUGCUAACAGCAAUAUGUCGGCAUCAACUUACGUGCUCAGCACCUUCCAAAAGAUCCCCUCGGCGUCUCUCCAAGAUGCCCUCCUCGUCCUGUCAUUCUCUCAGAUUCCCGCACUCUUCACAUUCCUCGCGCUCUGGGCUGAAGAAGGCCGGGCCAUCCCCUUGACUUGUCGGAUAUUGUUGUUUAUGCUGAAGACGCAUCAAAGACAGAUUGUGAGUUCAAGAGCGAUGAAAGGGAUGUUGGAGGAGGUGAGGAGCAAGCUGAGAAGGACGCUGAUGAGGCAGAAAGGGGAACUUGGGUUUAACCUCGCGGGACUGAGAGUGUUGGGGCGGAGAGUGAGAGAAGUCGCUGGGGAAACAGAGUACGUCGAUGAAGAGACAUGGCGGGAGGGUGAUGGGGCAGCUGCUGGCAUGACCAGAGGAAAGAAGCGAGAAUUUGUGAAUAUUGCAUAGGAAGGAAGUGCCUGCUGGAGUUCUAAGAGCCCUCGUAUAGGUCAUAACGACGUGACGUUCUGCCAUGCGAGAAGGGAGAUGGGAGAUGAGGGCAGCUCACGUUGGAACAUCCCCGUUACUACGACUACUCAAGCCAGCACUGGCUUUGACUUGCUCUUAGGAUAGAUCACGAUCAUCCAUGAACCUACGAGAGUACUUUCCAAAUGCGUGAACCGGAAGAAAGUG